UACAAAGAGCGUUCCCCUCCGGAAACCCUCAACGUUCCAUUCUUCUUCUCUCUCUCCUCCCUUCACUCUCGCUCUCUUCACAUUAACUCCUGCAUCGAUGCGCCAAACCAAAGACCAAAUCUCUCCUCUCUCUCUCUCUCUCUCUCUCUCUCUCUCUCUCUGAAAAUCCCUAAAACCCGAAUUCGUUCCUGCUGGCGAUUCGUUCCUGUUGGUGAUGGAUUUAGUCCAUAAGAGUUCCUCAUCUGUGACGCCGGCGAAGGAAUCCAAAGCGUCGUCCAGGUUGAAGAAUCAGCAGGAGACCGCGAAGCUGUGUGAGAAUGUGAACCCUAAUCUCUCGCACUCGAGCCCUGGCCCCAGAGUGGCCAAUUCCCCCGUGGCGGCGGCCAAGUCCGCGAAAUCGCAGAAAUCGGCCUCCAAGAACCCUAAUCCGGUGAGUAAUUACUCCCCCAGGAACAGAAUUCGGGAUCGGAAGUUCGUUUUGGCGAAGAGGAACGCGAGGAAAGGGGAGGCCGGGGGGCCGAGAGCAGCGGCGUGCAAGUGCAAGGAGAAGACCGGUGGGCAUCCGAAGAAGUGUCUCUGCGUGGCUUACGAGAGCUUGAGGGCUUCGCAGGAGGAGUUUUUUAAGAGCAAGGACGGUGAGGGAAGUGAGUUGAUUGAACGAGGAGAAGAGAUGGAGAAUCGGUUGAUGGUACAUGAUUUGGGGAAUGAGGAGGGUUUUCAGGGGAAAAUUGAGGAAAAUCGGUCGUCUCCACUCGAGGAUCCCGAAUUUUGCGAGCUGGGUGAGUUUGAUGCUGCUCCGAUACAAGUUGGGGUUUCCACAGUUAAGAGGAGGAGGGACAAGUUGAUGGAAGAGGCGAGGAAGAGCGUGCCUGAUAGCGGGUGCGGGAGAGUGAUGCAUUUGGUUAAAGCAUUUGAAAAUCUCAUGAAGAUACCGAACCCGAAGGAGACAGAUUCGAAGGAUGAGAGAGAGGUGGCUGAAGAGCAGAGUAGGAAGAAGGUGAUGAACUGGGCGUUGCCGGGAUUGCCGCCCCCAAAGGCCCCAGAAACGGAGGUGUCUUCGUCUUCCUUCUCUCCGUCGGAAUUGCACUUGACAGCCGAGAAUCUAGGCCUGGAUUCGCGUGCUUCUCUUUCUUCUUCAUGGGACAGCAGCCAAGGAAGCGUUUCAAGCAGAACUUCUAAUGGGGGUCGGAGAAGCCGUAGAAAUAGCCUCGAAUCAUAUGGAACAUUAGGUGGAAGUAGAUGGAAGAAGAAACAGCUGAGAGUCACCAGCCAAAAACCUUUUCAGCUGAGAACUGAGCAAAGGGGAAGAAUGAAAGAGGAGGAGUUCAUGAAGAAGAUGCGAGAGACCAUGGAUGAGGAAGACAGACUGCGGAUACCAGUUGCGCAAGGUCUGCCAUGGACAACUGAUGAACCGGAGUGUCUCAUCAAACCUCCCGUAAAGGAGAUUACUAGGCCACUCGACCUGAAGCUACACAGUGAUAUGCGGGCAGCAGAGCGAGCUGAGUUUGACCACCAGAUAGCAGAAAAGAUGAGCCUGAUUGAGCAAUACAAGAUGGAGAGGGAGAGGCAGCAAAGGUUGGCAGAAGAAGAAGAAAUCAGAAGGCUAAGAAGAGAACUUGUGCCGAAGGCACAACCCAUGCCAUAUUUCGACAGGCCUUUCAUGCCGAAGAGGUCAUCGAAAAACCCAACUAUCCCAAGAGAACCCAAGUUUCACAUUCCUCAGCAGAAGAAGAUCAAGUGCUGUUUAUCAUGGAAUGACAUGAGCCCCUACACAUACCAUGAAUGUGCCCACGAAGAUACGCAGAAGUGAACUAUAGAUUUCUUUGCUCUCUUAGUUACCAAUAAUAUUGUUCAAUAUAAUUCUUUUGCGAAAAUAUGUAAAUCAAGCAACAAUAAAGUUGCAAGUUUUGAUUGGA